AUGGCGGCACUGGUCGUCGACUGUGGCGGCUCUGCACUUCGCGUUGGUGUUGGUGGCGAGGCUCUGCCGCGCCUGGUCAUGCCCUCGGUGGUGGGCCAGCCGCGGAAACUACAAGCCACUACCACGACCGCCCAAACGGCUGCCUCGGGCUCGAACGCGUGCGAGCUGGCAUUCCGCGCCCAGGCCCUCCAGAACCGAAGCGAGUACACCAUCAAGUACCUGAUGUACCAUGGCGUGGUGUCCAGCUGGGAAAUGGCCGAGCAACUGUGGGGCGCCGCGUUCACAGAGAUGAAGGUGGAGACGGAGGAGCAUCCCGUGCUGCUGGCCGAAGACCCGCUCGUGCCGUGCGUCAGCCGGGAGAAGGCCGCGCAGGUGUUCUUCGAACACUUCAACGUGCCCGCCUACUACGCCGCCAGCCAGCGGCGGACCGGGCUCGUGGUGGACAUCGGCCAAGACAAGACCAACGUCUUAAGCGUCUACGAGGGUCACACGUUGCGUUAUUCGAGCGGGCGGCACCAGCUCAUGCCCAUCGGCGGGCUCGCGUUGACUGACUAUUUCAUGCAACUGGUUAGCGACCCCAAGGAACACUCCUUUGCCACCACGCGCGAGCGAGACCUCCUCAGAAAGGUGAAGGAGCAGGUCUGUUUCACUUCACUACACUACGACGACGAUCUGGCGAUCCUCGUCAAGCAAUCUCAAAUCAGGCUCGCGGGACCGCGAUGGGGCAACCUGGCGGGUACCUAUCUCGAUAACCUGCCCAAUGAGGUCCUGGAGCGCAUCGACCAAGUGGCCGAUCGCAACGAGAUCCGUCAGCGAGUCAAGCUGGGCGACGGCCGAAGUUGCCGCCCUCGCGCCCCAGGCGUAGAGGUGCGAGUGGAGAGCCCGGCGAGGCCAGGGCUGGCCGUGUGGGAGGGCGGAUCGAUUCUGGCCUCGCAGCCCAGCUUUGAGGGCGCCUGGAUGACCAAGCACGACUACGACGAAUAUGGUAACGCCCGUCCCUUGUUGAGCGCCUCUGUUUCUGAUGACAUUAGUGGCAAGCAGCAGGACUCUGGACUUUUGUGGCGCCAGCUCGGUGUGGGUUCGAUUCCCACCAGCAACGGCUUUUAG